CGCCUUUAAUGAACCGCUACAAAUACUCCACUCGACAGUUCUUUUUGUGGACGCUCCCAGGACGCCGGGCCAGACGCACUGAAGGCGAGCACGUGGUUGGCCAGAGCAGUGAACCGCUUCAUUAUUAACCACAAGUAAACAGACGCUCCCCGGACCGCUGUGUGACUCGGACGCGGCGGAGGACCGAACAGACGUCUCCCCAUCGUCACUCGCAGUUGCUCCCGGACCAAAAAUAACCUUUUCAUUUUCAACUUUACAACUAAACAAGAGCACAGCAUUAGGGGGAAUCAAGCUCGCAGCUCUUGUUUUUUAGGAUUUGUGUCCGAAGACUUCAAGUCAGCGGCCAUCCUCCCAACGGCCUCUUGCCAGCACCUGCCAACAUGACCCGCAGGUCCUGCGCGAUCUACGCGGUCGGGAUCAUCUGCGCCAACCUGCUGGUCAUCGGGAUCGGCUUGUUAGUGGUCCAAACCUUCCGCACGCUGAUGCACAACCGCCUCAAAAAGGAGAUUGUUUUGGUGGAGGGCAGCCGAGUGUUUGAAUCAUGGAAGACCCCUCCCCCUCCAGUCUACAUGGAGUACUUCUUCUUCAAUGUGACCAAUCUGGAUGAGUUCAUGAAAGGGGCCAAGCCAGAAGUCAAACAGGUCGGACCCUACACGUACAGGGAGUACAGGUACAAGGACAAUGUGAGCAUGGUGGACAAUGGCACAAUGGUGUCCGCAUACAACACCAAAAGCUUUGUGUUCCUGAGAGAGAGGUCCGUGGGUGAUCCAGCUGUUGAUAACAUCACCACUGUCAACAUCCCCGCAUGGGCUGUGAUGAACAAGGUGAAAGACAGUUUCUGGAAGUCCUCCAUGGUGUCCAUCUGGAUGAACUCUUUCGGAACCAGUCUCUUCACUACUCUCACCGUGGAUGAGUUGCUGUGGGGUUACGAAGAUCCCUUGCUGAAGCGCAUCUCAGCCACUUCACCUGACGUGGAGAAGGUCUUUGGCCUCAUGUACAAGAAAAAUGGAAGCAAUGAUGGGGAAUUCGUCUACCACACCGGGGAGCAGAACUACAUGGAUUAUGGCCGGGUCCAAACGUGGACUGGUCAAAGCAAGCUGACGUUCUGGACGACUAACCAAAGCAACAGCAUCAAUGGAUCAGAUGGAAGUGCUUUCCAUCCCUUGCUGGACAAGAAUGAGCGCAUCUACAUCUUCACCCCAGACCUCUGCAGGUCCAUCUACAUGGAGUUUGAGAAGGAGGUCGAGGUGAAGGGAAUCCCAGCCUACCGCUUCACGCCACCUCGCUCUGUUUUUGCCAGCAAAGAGGAGAACCCAGCCAACGAGGGUUUUUGCGUCACCCCCCAGGAGUGCUUGGGAACGGGCCUGGUCAAAGUCAGUCCCUGUCGUAAAGGUGCCCCGGUGGUCGCCUCCUUCCCCCAUUUCUACCUGGCAGAAGAUAAAUAUGUGGAAGCCAUUGGAGGAAUGUCUCCGCAAAGACAGCAUCACCAAACGUUUCUCGACCUGAACCCGACCACUGGAGUGAUUGUACGUGCAAACAAGAGAGCACAGAUCAACAUCUUGAUCAAAAGAAUUCCUGGAUUCCCGAAAACAAGGAGCGUGAACGAAUCAAUCUUUCCUGUCAUGUUCCUCAACGAGAGCGUGGUCAUUGACGACGCGUCUGUGGCACGAGUACAGAAGCUGCUGCUGAUUGUCAAUGUCGUGUCCAACUUCCCCCUCAUCAUUGUGGGACUGGGUGUCAUCAUGCUCAUUGUCUUCAUCAUCCUCCUGGUCCGUGCCCGCAAACAGACGAAUGAAGUUAAGCGCAUUGUGUUUACCAAGCCCCACUAUACUGCCACUGCUGAAGAGGACACCUCUUACUCUCCGGUCAACGACAAGGAAAAGGAUGAUCCCCAAAACGGAACCUAUAUUGGUUUAACACCCAAAGCCGACGCACAAGCUUGAGCGGGAGGGAAGGAAUGGUUGGAAACAAGCUUUGUACAUCUACAACCUUCAGAAUUGCAAGAAGGGAUUUGGGUUUUCGGGAGAGAUACAAACAAAAUCCUCCAUGGAAAAAAUGUCUAAACCUUUGUAAUUGGAAAUCUAUUUAUUCUUGAUGUUUUACUCCCGGGAUGGGGCGGGGGGAGGGUAGAGGAAGGGGAGAUGUGUUUUUUCUUUGAGUUUUACUCAUGGAAAUCUACUUUAAGUUCAAGUCUAGGAAACAGUAUUCUCAGAAACAAGGUCUGUGUGAAGGGUGGUUUCUUGCUGUUAGUUUGAAUCAGUUGCUGAUCAUAAAUACAUUUUGAUUACAGGCUGCAGAUCUGAUGGAGAACAAUCUGCGUUUGGUCCCACACAAACAAAACACACCCUCUUAAACCUGAGCUGUGGGAGGAUUAGAUUUCAACGCCGUGGCCUCACCUCAUUCUCUGUUUGUCCGCAUUAGAUCCUUGACUUGCUUUGACCUUUUAAGAUUUUAGCGACUGACAACCAUGUGACAGGGAAUAGAGGCUGAUCUGGGAACAGGCUUCCGAAAUCCAUAAAAUGUGAGGUGUUUUUUUAAAAUUCACUCUCGGGGGGUCUGCUUAGAUAUUAUUCAAGCAUUAAAAAAAGGAGCAAAAUAUACAGCAAGAAGACAUUUGAAUCAAUCCAGUAUUACUACAUUGCAUUUCAUCCUGAACUCCACAUUUUUUGGCUCAUUAUUAUAUUCUAUUUGGAGGGACAUGAUUGUUGCCGUACCUGAAUAACCUUCAGCGCACAGCGUUUGUUUGUAUAUACACAGGUAAAGAUGUCCCAAUCUGCUUACAUUCCUCCUUGGUGUAUGAUGGGAAUGAAUAUCAAAUAUGACGCUGUAUAUUUUGAAUACUUUAAUGUUUGUAAAAUAAGACAUCUUUCUCAAUGUUUUACUGAAGAACUUCAGAGUUCCAUAACAAUCAACUCUUUCGUCAGCCAUCUAAAGCCUUAAUAUGACAGGGUUUUGUGGUUGAUACUGAAUUUACUGAAUUUAUGUGUUGACAGUAUCAUAUACUAACUGACAUCGCCAUAUCAAAAUGUAAUUCAGUUUACUACCAUUUCAAAAUGUGCUUUCAUGAUGCUGUUGUUGAAUAACUCGCUAGCGUCUUUGGUGAAGAAUAUGACGCCCCCAACCUUCUUUCUUUUCAGCGUUUAUGAAAGACUGCAGGAGAUUUCAUGUCAGGUUGUCCAACCAAAACUCAACUCAAAAAAAACAUGUGAUUGUUCAAUAUUAAGAAAUGCUGUAGCUGUGCCUUUAAAACAAUCAGUGUUACUUUGUCUUUUCCGUUUUCACACGUUCUGUGGAAUAUCACGUUCCUCCAGCUACCAAACAAAAAUGGGGCAUGGAAAUGUUUUUUUUAAAAUAGUUUUUACAUAGAUGAAGAGUCAAACUGCACUUUGGAAACACUGAAAUGCUUGACUGAUAGAUUGUUGUACAGACCUACGACUUUCUCUGACUUCAGGUGCCAUAUAAGGCAAUCUAGAAAAUGCUGCAGAAUGACUUAUUAUGAACUGUGAUGAGGCCAGCUAUUAUUUCCGCUCGUAUUCUUAGUCGUAACAUUUUAUGAAUGAGUUACUUCAGCUACAAACAAUAGUGGAGAAGCUGCAUGUUUCACUUAGAGGCUUCUGUGCCCUUGUGUGAUUUAACAAGUUGUGUUAGAUGUAUACUUUAAUUCAGUUAACAGUAUGUACAGUAAUAAAACUGAACGAGAAUAGAAGAGAUUUUUGGAGAGAACAAAAUGUAGUGUUGUAAAUUUAGGAGAGGGUGGAUGAAUGGAUAAAUCACUAAAUGCUUGAUGCAAAAAUACACAGUAUUACACAAUAUUACCGUAUAGGGUAAAUUAUGUUGUUACACUGAUAAAACCAAAAGACAGCACAGUUUGGAUUUAUACACAGGGCUGUUUUGUGCCAUAUUUUUGAUUACAGGCUGUACUCUCAAAAUUGAUUGUAGAAAAAAAAGUAAUCGAUGGCCUUUUUUGAGGCGUUGACUGUUUAAUACUGUUUAUACUGUGUACACAACAAUAAAAUUAGUUCCAGUAAA